AUGGAUUUUGAAUUUCGUUUUCUAUACGGAUUUCAGUUUUGGGAGGUUAUUUCCGAUGAACACGGUAUUGACACAACCGGAACCUAUCAUGGAGACUCUGAAUUACAACUUGAGCGAAUCAAUGUGUAUUAUAACCAGGCCACUGGUGGGAAAUAUGUUCCUCGAGCUGUAUUGGUUGAUCUUGAACCCGGCACAAUGGACAGCGUUCGAGCCGGACCAUUUGGUCAGCUGUUUCGACCGGACAACUUCGUUUUCGGGCAAAGUGGUGCGGGUAACAAUUGGGCUAAAGGACACUACACCGAAGGAGCAGAGCUUGUNGCUUGUGGAUUCCGUAUUGGACGUGAUUCGUAA